GAAUGACCUCAGGGACCUCCCAUUUUCGGAUUACGAGACAUUUUCGGGACACCCUGUAUGUACUGUCAUUCCCUCGUCACUACUCGUCGUUGACCUUUGUCACCGUCUUCGACCAAUAUCGAUCACUGCCUGCGAUCAUAGGUGGAACACCGGACGGCAGCCGAAGUUUGUUUGCACGGGAGCUCCGAUAACGCGAGAGGAGGAACGACGAAGCCAAUCGCUGGAUCGGAGAAUACCGACGUUUGGCUUAUUCCAGCCGUUCGGCAUCGACCCAAGCGAUCACUGUGUCGCGCAUGCGCGCGUCGCGCCGGCGUGCCCAAGCGGCAAAAGCCAAGCCGGUGGAAACGAGGCUUAAGCGACACUUUGUGAGUCAGUUCUGAAAUAGUGAUAUAGGGAACUACGAUGGAGAAAGAGUGGUCUCAGGCGAAAGUCUUAGAAUUGAUCGAGCUGUAUCGAGAGCGUAGCAAUCUGUGGGAUGCGCGAGAUCCAAAGUACAAAAAUAAAAUCAAAAGGCACGAUGCUUUCGGCGAGAUAGCGGCGCUUUUGGAGGAGUCCAGCGACGAAGUAGAAAGAAAGAUGAAAAACUUGUUGAGCCACUUCUCCCGUGAAUUAAAGAAGGAACAACAGACUAUGAAAUCUGGUGCCGGCAGCGAGGAUAUAUAUAGAAGUAAGUGGUUCGCGUUUGAAUCUAUGAGCUUCCUCCGCAACCGGAACAAGCCGCGGACUACGCCGAACAAGGAGGAGAAUAUUAUCACGACGAUAGACAAAGAGGUGCUGCAACCGCAAAUUAUUGAGAGUGAAUGCGGAAAUCCUGGAAAUUCUCAGGAGACACAGUCCAGGAAACGCAAAGUUGCCGACAAGGCCGAUGCUGCGUUCGACCUACUGCAGAAAUUGUGCAAUAAAAAUAUAGAUAAGGACGAGUUUUCCGUGUACGGAGAGUACGUUGCCAUUCAAGUGCGAAAUUUGAAGAACGAGUGCGCGAGGAGGAAACUACAACACGCGAUCAACAACGCGAUAUUUUCUGCGCAAAUGGAGGAAUAUAAUGCCGCGCGGCAUACGCAAGCGGCAAAAGCCAAACCGGUGAAAACGAGGCUUAAGGCUGUUGUCCACGAAGCGUCGCGUCCUAGACGCGUAUCGUAGCGUAUUAAAUACGCGAAGACACGACCCGUCCACGAAGCGUACGUUUUGAUUUCCGAAUUCACGGAACGUAGAUCAAAUUUUCAUCGGUUGUAAAAAUGUCAAGCGACGGCAAAACGAAGAAAAUUUCGAUCGCAUCUUUGCAUCGCUGAAUAUUAUUAACUGUAGAGUGUUCGCGGCUGCAAGUACAUUAAGACAAGAUGAUAAUAAAUUUCAAGCAUUUUACAGAAUGCGGAAAGACGCAUAAAAA